UAGUAUUGUUGAUUUUGCAAUAGGUAAGUUACUGUUAAGAUAUUUGUUUAUAGUUUUUGACAGACAUGAGACACUGAAGAGACAUUUCGUAAAUUAUAUCAGAACGCUUAGAAGAAAAGGAUUCAAUGCGAGCAUUUACUGUUCUGUUCAACUACAUACAAGCAUACCCACGGCACGCGUACAAAUAUUUGAUUAAUGCUAUCAACCUGCUAAUACUAUGCGCCCAGGGGGCAAAGGGAGAAGAAAGGCAAAAAUGUAUCACACUCUUAGUUACAGAAUUGUUCCCUCGACUUUGCAAACAACGAUUAUUACUAGUACGAAAGGAGAAAGUUCCUUCCAUCAAAUCAACUGAUAGCAAGCAUUAUAUCACUUUACCAUAUAAUCUCUUCGAACAAUUCUUAUUACUUGGCCAACGAUUUUACAUAAAAAAACAUCAGUGGAAGGAAGCAACAAGGUUUACCUGCCAUAUGCUGGCAGCCUGUGGAUAUACUAAUUUGGAUCAGCUUGCAGACAAUGUAUCAUAUGUAAUUCGAUUUCAAUAUUUAAAGGAGCAUAGAAAGCAAGUACGUAUAGAUGACGACGAUAACGAUGGGCAAAAUCGAGAGCAAUUUACAUUGCCAGUAAGCGAAGACUUAUCAAUCUUGUCAACGUUCAUGUGUGAAUGUAUGGUAGCAGCUUCACAGUUUGUAGAGUUUGGUUAUCGAUAUUAUAAGUAUGUUUGUGGUACCGAUGACGUCUCAUCAUCGACCAGCGAUCAAAAAACUUGCUUGAUACCCUUAUGCUCAUUCCAGCCUAAUAACAAUAAUAAUGAUGAUAACAAUGACAACGAUGGUAAAACUGACGCUACUGUUAGAAGGAGAGAACGCGAGUAUGAGGACGACGAUUCUACUGGCAACACCUUACUUCAGCACUCUUCAAAUAAGCGUCAGCGUCUGAUGGAUUCUAGUUCAUUAGCAGUGUCGGCUCUUCCAAACGGCACUAAAAGCCAACAAGAUGUAAUAGAAGUGGAAUUAGAAGCAGAAGCAGAAGCAGGAGCACAAUAUGAAUUGGAGGGUAGAGCACGUGGGUUAGAUUCAUUUUGUUUACAAGGUGUUGAUGAAGCAUUACAAAUUUUGGGAAAAGCUGGUGAUUGUUUACGUCAUGUUGUUGAACUAUGGAAUUGGGCUUACUCAACUAUUUCGCAGAAAAGCUUAUUAGAUACACUAGGGGGAUGGGAAGAAGAAUUUUGUCGCAUUGUGGAUGGUUAUAGAUUACCCUUUGAUAUGCACAAUGCUGUUUUAUUAAUAAGAAGUGAUUUAGCAUUGUCUUCCCCUUCAGUCCCGGGAAAUCUUGCGAAGGCAUUGGAAUUAUCUCAGACAAUAUGUGACCGUAUUGAAGUACAUCGUAGACAAGAAAAGACCGAACCUAAUCGUUCUAGCAAAGCAUCCUCGGCAACAUCAUCAUCAUUGUCCAACCCUAUCACUAGUAAAUUAUCAACAGAUAUGGAUAUACCCUUCAUGUUUGCUUUUCGUGUAUUAUAUAAUAUUGGUAUCAUAUAUCUACUUGUUGGAAGUCUACAGCAAUCAACCUUAGAAAUUGCAAUUAUUCUAUCAGUAUUUCCUAUUCCCAGUGGGUUGAGCGCAGACGAUUUUGUUGCUGACGAAGCAGACUGCUGUACAGUGGCGAAUAUCUUUCAGGGAAGAGAGUUUGGCCUAAUGAAAGUAACUCAGGAAGGACUCGUUGUGAGAUGUAUCAAGCAUUUGAUAGUAAGCCUCGAUAACGAGUCUGAACAACGUAGCGGUAUGGCAUCGAUUGAUUCGGCUUUGCGCUGGGAUGAAAAGGCUGGUAAUAUGAUUGUUCUAAUGCAAUACGGUUGGCCGUAUUGGAGUACAAGAACGAACCUUUGGGACAAGAUAAUCAAUAGAAUUAGUGGAAAACGGGUUUAUAAAAACCGCGAGUUUCUCGAAUAUCUUUAUGUUGCGGAAGUUUUACAGACAAUUCGCCAUCUUCAUCUACUGGGCUCAGUCACAAUGGACAUAAUCCCGCCUGAAUUUGCUCUUCGUAAUAGCUACCGUCAUUUAGUAACAACUUCUUCUACCUCAUCUACAGCAAGAGCAACAGCGAAACCGAAUAACAAUGAUAAUGCUGAAGUUACGAGUACAGCCUUAUCGGUCAAACCUCUACUAAAAGCAAGCAGCGGUAGCAAAACCGGUACCAAUGGAACAGAGGACGAGGAUGACGAUGAAGAGGACGAUAACGACGACCUAAAGAAAUCAAAGAGCUCUUCUGUGAUAUCAGUGUACCAUCCCUCUUUUGCUAAUAGUAUUCUGCCUAGUACGUCUAUGUCUCCUUCUUGGUAUUCGGCUUCUACGCAAAAAAAUUCCUUUGCAAAAUGGAUGUCGCCAUCAUUUUAUUACAGCCGGCCAGCGACGUCAGUUGUCUUACCAGGACAAACUACAAGCAGUGGCCUUUCGGGAGCAUCAACAGCAGAUCAAAACAUUGAUUCAGGAAGUAACAAUUCUCACGAAAAUGGUACAAAUGUCACUACUGAAAGCAAUUCUGAUACAUACGCUGGUGAUAUGCUAAUGAUGAAUGGCCAUAAUAGCAGUUUCCAACAAAUACCCUCUGUCCAUAAAUCAACCACCUCAUUUAUUCCGAAAGACAUAGUAACAAGAUGCUUGGAUUAUCGAAUUGCUAAGUACUCACCAAAAAUAACACCGCAAAGAAUGAGACAUGUUUUGCAACGGUUCUUGAAAAAUAUGGUGUUGAAAGCCAACGAAGACGCUUGAUUCUCUCAGAGCUUUUAUUCCACCAUCCAUAAGCAUUAUCGUAUUUUAUUAAUAAAGUUGCGUGACAUAUA